AUGUUUUCAUCAGGCACGACCAAAACACCCUGGCGGCGGACGGAGCGGGAUCCAGAAGCUCAACCGCUCUUUGCAUAUGUCGACGACGCCUGGAAGCCAGCUGAGAGCGAGACUGAGAGCGAGAGCGAGAGCGAGAAGCCGCCGCCCGACAGCUUCGCCACCAUAGCGUGGAACAUUGAUUUUAUGCGGAUCCUGGACGAGCAGAGAAUGAAGGCGGCACUGAAAUACGUCCACGGCCUCGUCGAAGGGUCAGGCGGCAAGCCAACCGUCGUCAUGUUCAACGAGAUGGUCGACACCGAUCUCCAACAAAUCCAGGACCAGCCUUGGAUACAGCAGGGCUAUAACAUUACCGAUCUCACGCCCGAGUAUUGGGAGUCUGACCGGUACGGCACUUGCAUUCUCGUGCCAAAGUCAAUGCCCGUCACCAGCGUCUUCCGCGUGCACUACAAAGAGACCGCCUUCCAACGUGACGCGCUGUUCGUCGACAUUGACUUGCCGGGGAAACGCACGCUCCGCAUCGGCACCACGCACCUCGAGUCGCUGGAAGCCAAACCGCCCAUCCGCCCUUUCCAGAUGGCCAGGGCGGCGUCGUUCAUGCACAAGGCGUACGCUAGCGUGCUCGGCGGUGACAUGAAUGCCCACCAGCCCUUCGACAAGACGCUGCACCUGGAAAACAAGCUCAAGGACACAUACCUCGAGACGGGGGGCGAGGAAGGCGCCGAGUCGGGCAUGACUUGGGGUCAGAUGGGCGGACGGCGGCCACGGGCGCGGUUCGGGCUGUCCCGGCUAGACAAGCUGCUCUUUUGCGGCGGCAUAGAGGCCAAGAGGUUUGAGACGUUUGGCAUAGACGUCGAGGUCGAGGACGAGGCGGACCGCAAAGAGAUCAUGGAGGAAGACGGCCUCGAAAAGGGGUGGGCCCGCCGCCUGUCUGCCGGGUUCGCCGCCGAAGACCGCCCCCCGGCUCCAGCCCUGCAGCAGCAGCACCACAGGACCAGGUCCGCCCAGGACCCCAGGCCCGCCUUUGAAGGUGCCAUCCAGGAGGGCGGAGAGGACGCGAGGAUACCAGACUGGGCCUUGUCUGAAUCCGGCCUGGCAGCUGUCGCUAUACGGCCCCUGGCCCAGCCCGCCCCCACCCCCGCCCCCGACCACAGCCAGCCCGAGCGUGAUAUUGCGCCCGAGCCUGGCCAAGAUGGUUUUGGUCCUGGUCAAGGCGCAUCGGUCGCCGGUCCGGGCGCCGGAACGGCUGCGGCUGCGCAGCUCGCGCCGGCCCUCGCCUCCAACGUAACACCGGCCAGUCCACCCCGCACGCCAGUGUGGAUAAACGAGGCUCUCCGGAGCAGCACGCCACUCCCCGAAGACGACGGCAUGGGCAUCCUCAGGGCCAGGAUACGUGCCGUCCAGUCCAUGGACAUCUCCCAGAGCCUCAAGGCCCGUCUGGUGCAUCAGAUCCUGCUCGAGGGCUACGCCAAGUCGCAGCUGUCACCUGAUGCCGGGCCUCUCCUAAAGUCGGAGUCGCCGACGAGACGGGGCGUCAGCGCCCACGAUCUCGCGGAGUCAACAAACCCCUUGCAGGCGCUCAAGUUCUGGAACCCGCUGGGCGACGGGUCCGGGCCGCUAGACCUACCGCUGAGCGAGGAAGACGUCCGUCCGACAUAUGCGCCGCCCAUGCCCGUCGACGACCUCACUGGCCGCGUCGGAGCCCCAAGACUCGAAGACCACGGCCACCCCGUCCUCGGCUGCGAGCACUACCGGCGGAACGUCAAGCUCCAGUGCGCCGCCUGCGAGCGGUGGUACACGUGUCGCUUCUGCCACGAUGCCGCCCAGGACCACGCGCUGCCGCGCAAGGAGACCAAGAACAUGCUGUGCAUGCUGUGCGGCUGCGCCCAGCGAGCCUCGGACACGUGCAUCAGGUGCGGCGAGUCGGCCGCGUACUACUACUGCUCCAUCUGCAAGCUCUGGAACGACGACCCGAACAAGUCGAUAUACCACUGCAACGACUGCGGUCUCUGCCGGGUAGGCCAGGGCCUGGGCAAGGACUUUUUCCACUGCAAAAAAUGCGUAGCUUGUAUAUCCAUGACCGGACUUCACAAGUGCAUCGAGCGGUCCUAUAUGUUCAACUCGCCCAAGCCCGUCGUCUUCAUGCAGUGCGGGCACAGCAUCCACCGGCGCUGCUUCGACGAGCACAUGAAGACGUCGUACAAGUGCCCGCUCUGCAACAAGAGCUGCGUCAACAUGGAAUACCAGUUCCACAACCUGGACAUGGCCAUCGUGACGCAGCCCAUGCCGCCAGAGUACCGCGACACGCGCGCCAUCAUCUCCUGCAACGACUGCAGCGCCAAGAGCCAGACGGCCUUCCACUGGCUGGGCCUCAAGUGCUCCACGUGCAACUCGUACAACACGGUCCAGCUGCAACUGCUCAACCUCCCCGGCGCCGCCGCCAGCGACACGCCCGUGGGCACCCAGCCGGCGCCGCCGGUCGAGAUGCUGUCGCUGGGCCGCGACAUGCGCCGCGCCGGCAGCCAGCGCGAGACAACGCCCGGCCCGUCUUCGCCCGCGUCAUCCUCUCCCGCGCCCGUCUCGUCGCCGUCGUCGCCGUCCCGCCACUACCUCGUGCGGCUGCUCUCGCGCGGCCCCGCGCCAUCAGCCUCGCCCGAGCCGCCCGACACGCGCGCCGCCCGAGCUUUCCCCGGCGGCGCCCCUCUGGGGGCUGUGUCGGGGGAUCACAGGCGGGCGGGACAUGACUCUGCGGAUGACGAUGACGAUGAUGAGGAUGACGAAUACAACGACGUCAUGCUCAACUUCUGGGGCCGCGACGACCACCGCAACAUCACGUCGGCUGAGAGCGCCAACGGCGGCGAGGGCCGCGACGGCGGUGAUGAUGGCGAGGAGGAAAGUAGCUCGGAGGAUGAUAAUUGCGACGACGACGACGAUGACGACGACGAGGAAGAGGACGAUCCCAUUGUCCUGCUGGGACACAGGUGA